GGCGAAACUUUUGGCAGUCUUUGAGAUACCAUGACGUAGCUUGGACAGAACGUAAUCACAGCCAAGUGAACUGAACUGAUUAAAAAGCCAAGUGAAAAUCCAAAUACAAAAAACUUGAAAAGAAAACAAAACAAAAAUUGAAUUUGAAAAAGAAAAACGCAGUAAAAGCUCUUGAAGAAUUGUAGAAAUAAAGACGCGUUGAUAAUUGUGCCAGGCAGAAAGCACGCCACACACAGACAACGUGCUGUGUGUGAGUGUGUGUGUUGUUGUUGUGUUGAAGGAAGGUUAUUCAACUUGAGACUUGAGCAGAGCAGCACUAUCAAAAUUCAAAUCUAAAGUAUACAUAUGUAUAUAUAACUUCAAUAUCAAAUACCAAAUAAAAUGAGCAAUCUACGCAUUUGUAAGGCCAUGUCGCUGCAUCCCAGUGCUAAUAUAGCUGGAAGUCAUGCUGGAACUGGAAAUGGAACUGCAACUGGAACCAGUUCCAGGAAAUGCCUGAUGGGCUGCGAGGCGAGCGCAUUGGAAUUACGUCGAUUUCCAGUGCACGAUAUCAAUCGCUGCAACUUUUGGCUUCGUCAUUUCGGAGUAAGCGAGGAAUUGGUAAAGGAACUCGGCGGUCUGAAAAAGCUGCGCAUUUGCUUCAGGCAUUUUAGUGAGCGUAUGGCGAUGGCCAAAACGCGCAUCAAGACGACACCGCUGCGUGGCAACAACAACAACAAGCACAACAUAACAACAACAACAGGAACAGGAACAGCAGCAACAUCUGCUAUAACAACAACAACAACAGUUGCAGCAACAACAAGUGUUAAGCCUAUGGCCGAUAGCACAACAAUAGAAUUGGUCGAUAGCUGCAGCGGAGAUUCCCAAAAGCAGACAAAUCCGAAGAAGUCGGUGACUACGAUAACGCCAGUUGCAGUUUCAGUUCCAGUUGCAGUUCCAGUUAAAGUUCCAAUUGCACAACGCUCCCACUCCAUUUGCUCCUCUUCAUCUGUUUCAUCCAUCAGUUCCGACUACGAGGCGAGCAUGCCGCUUUCAGCCCUGGUAGAUGCACAUGGUCAAAACGGCAUGGCCAAAACUUCAAAUGGUUUGGCCAAGAAGCGUAAACUCUAUUUGAUAACGGAGAAAUCGGAUGAGAAGAAUGGAAAUAGCACAACAAAUGGACAAAAGCGAAAAAUGUUUGUCGUUGUGGAGCAGGAAAAGGAUACGGCAGCCAAGAAACUUAUGAUUGUCACCGAUAAAUCAAAGGCGAAUCUCACACAACAUUUGGAGAAAUUUCUGCCCGAGAUUCUCAGCUGUAUACAGGACAAGGAGCAGGCACAGGCCAAGGCCAAAGGUCAUCAAGCAAUCAAAUUGGAGCCAACUACAAAUCCAACUCCAAUUCUACAAAAGCCGCACAUAACUCUUCCCCCCAAAAAGAAUCCCACAAACUUUGUCAAGUUGGAAGGUGCAUCUGGUGUCACUCUGCCUGCCAGUGUGUCCAUAUUGCCCGUAGAGCCAGUCAAGGAGUCGCCUCCGCCCGAGACAGAAACUGAAACUGAGACAAAUAUAAAUCUAUCGCCCGAUUUUCGAUUUCUAAUGAAGAUAUUGCCCAAAUUGGAGCAGCUUCCAGAACCGCACAAACAGAAUGUCAAGCGAUCCAUACAAAUCUUUGUCGAAGAAAGCUACAGUCACUAUGGCAAAAAGGAUUAGCUUAUCUUUUCUUUAGUAUUUAAUAUUCUUUAGUCCUUAGUCCUUAGCUUCCUGGCGAAUACAUUUUAACUAUCAUUUUGUAUUUUUUUUUUAAAUAUUCGUUGUCUAAGACUGAUGCAAAAUGAAACAUACAUACAUAUUUUUAUAGCACCGCAGAGCUGGUGCAAAAACCCUAGACAUAUAAGGUACAAAUUUUAUAUAUAUUAUAUAGAAGCCCGAUUAAACAGAGAAGGCAUAUACUUUUGUAAUGUAUUUGUAGCCAUAAAAGAAUGAAAUCUGAAUAGAAUAUACGAGAGCUUUUAAGCCAAGAACUGAA